CGUUAAUUUGUCAACAAGAAUGGCUGUAUAAGCUGCCGGGCAUUGGCACAUUCAUCAGCUUAAUUAAUGAACUCGAAUGGCACCACGUGAAUCCUGCCGCCUAGUUUAUCUAGAGCAACCUGCGAGGUAUAUCACAUUAUACGAUCAACAGCAUAUAAUUCUUCAAGGGCAAUAUGAGCGAUUGUUGUGUGAAAGGCUUCAAGUGGGAUGGACAGCCCCAGGGCCGCCUGGAAACGACCUCGUCCGGAGGUUCAACAUAUGUAACGGGCUCCAACCCAGAAGCCGCGAUCCUACUUAUCCACGACCUCUUUGGUUGGACAUUUCCCAACACCCGAUUAUUGGCAGAUGCAUACGCAGAGGAGGCAAACGCCACCGUAUACGUGCCUGACUUCUUCGACGGCGAAGUGCUACCGUUCGAUAUCCUAUCCAAGGACACAUCCGAUUGGGGAUCUCUCGAUCUUCCAGGUUUUACAUCCCGCAAUAGCAAAGAAGUGCGCGAACCGGAAAUCUUCGCAUUUGCAAAAGAGCUGCGUGCAAAGUACCAACGCGUAGGCGCCAUCGGAUUCUGCUACGGCGGCUGGGCCGUAUUUCGCCUCGGUGCUAGGACGAGCGAAGGGCUAGUGGAUUGCAUUUCCACUGCACAUCCAUCUUGGCUCACCAAGGAGGAAAUUGACAAAGUGUAUGUGCCUGUGCAAAUUCUGGCACCGGAGAUUGAUCCAGUGUUUACGCCAGAGUUGAAAGAUUGGUGUAACCGUGUUAUACCAUCGCUGGGACUUGACUUUGACUAUCAACAUUUUCCGGCUCUGGAUCAUGGUUUUGCCCUGAGAGGCAAUAAGGAGAAUGAGGCGGAGUUGAAGGGUCUGGUGCGGGCGAAGAAUGCUGCUGUGCAUUGGUUCAAUCAAUACCUCCACUGAUUGCCGUCGAGCAUAAACUGGGAUGAAGAGUAAAGCUCUUAUCAUGAUUCAGGAGGUAGAACUCAUGUUAUUGAAAAGUUUCAUGAAUUGGAAAUGUCCUUGGACAAUUCAUUCCCCAUCAUAGAAAUGAGAUGUCUCAAGUCUUUUCCUGCAGCCAAUCUAUAAAGAAUGAUAUCUCGUUUUGUGUAGCGGGACGGAUGGGAUUUUGGACAAGUUCCAAACCGAAACGCGCCAGAAAUCUCUAGUG